UCACGUUAUUUGCGUAUUACUGCUGUAUUUUUGUGUAUUUUAUAAUGGGCAAAAAGGGUGCUGUAGCGUUCAUUAAAGAUUUCUACUAUGACCCUUUCAAAUGGUCAGUCGUAAAGAGCGUCAGCUUUUUUGCAGUCGGAGUGAUCAUCGCGAGUGAGUGCUCCGGUCUAGAGCUAAUGCCGGCUGUUCCACAAUAAAUAGAUAAUAUUUCUAAACAAUAUUCAACAAAAUGUUAACUUAUUUGCUUGUAUUUUCGUUCUUUGGUGCUGUGUAUUCAAAUAGACCUAAUUUCGUUGUGUUCUUAACCGAUGAUCAAGAUUCAGUGCUCGGUGGUAUGACACCGAUGGCGAAUGUGCAAAAGUUUAUCGGUAACGAAGGAGUCACAUUUACUAACUCGUUCACUACUUCCCCUAUCUGCUGCCCCAGUCGAGCCAGUUUUCUCACCGGCAAAUACGUGCAUAACCACCGAACAUACAACAACAGCAUCGUCGGCGGCUGCAAUGGCGGCGAGUGGAGAAAAGAAGAGAACACCACUUUUACCAACAUAUUGCACACGAAAGGAUAUCGAACGUUUUACGCCGGAAAGUAUUUGAAUGAGUACGGCAAUAUACACGCUGGUGGUGUUAGUCAUGUACCACCCGGUUGGACAGAGUGGCACGGGCUGGUGGGCAACUCUGUUUACUACAAUUACACGAUAUCCAAUGAUGGCGUUCCAACUUACUCCACAGAUUUGUAUCUUACUGAUGUCAUUCGAAACCUCGGCAUAAGCUACAUAGAAAAUCAAACCGAUUCAACACCAUUCCUGAUGGUCCUAGCGCCUCCUGCCCCCCACCAACCGUUCACACCCGCCCCGCGCCAUUUCGGCCGCUUCAGCAACAUCACCGCUGUCAGACAUCCUAAUUUCAAUAUUGCUGUUAAUGACAAACACUGGCUGAUGUCAAUGCCACCAUCACCACUUCCAGAAACAAUGAUGCCAGAAUUAGACAGAGUAUAUCGCUCACGAUGGGAAACGCUACUCUCGGUAGACGAUAUGGUAGCUGAUAUUAUAAAUGCUUUGGAUACGCAAUCGCUACUCGAUAAUACUUACAUAAUUUAUACUUCGGACAACGGAUAUCAUAUUGGUCAAUUCUCCCAAGUGUAUGACAAGCGUCAGCCAUAUGAAACUGAUAUAAGAGUACCUCUACUCAUGCGAGGACCUAAAAUCAUAAGAAACACUACAAAUGAGCAACCAACCUUAAAUAUCGACUUAGCGCCAACUAUAUUGGAACUCGCAGGUGUUGUCGUACCCGAAACAAUGGACGGGCGUCCUAUAGUCCUCAACAACGGAAACAAUGAAAUCCAAGAGAGGACCAUGUUGAUCGAGUACCGUGGCGAGGGUAAAGACGGCACAGUCGAUAAGAGAUGUGCCUGGUAUUACGAUCGCGAUAAUUUGGCUCAAUGUCACGUAGACUACGAGUGCAAAUGCCAAGAUUCACACAACAACACCUACGCGUGCUUACGACACCUGACCACACGGGUUAAUAUGAAGUACUGCUUCUUCUCUGAUAACGACUUCUUCACAGAAAUGUAUGAUUUAAACGAAGAUCCGUUCGAGCUACACAACAAAGUGAACGAAGUAUUCCCAGCCGUCAAACACUGGUACCAACUCAUUAUGGCCCAUCUCUUAGGAUGCAAAGGAGCGAAAGAAUGCAGCAAUCCCCUGCUUUAUUACGAAGGAGAACUUAUUAACUACGUCUAAUUUUUUCAGUUAGGAGUUAUGGGAACUGUAUAUGUUGUUUGUGAUUUUUUUUAAAUAGAUGAAUUGUAAAAUACAAGCAGUAUAAAUACUAUUAGACACUUAAAAUUAUUGAAGUAAAAUUAAAGAAUGAAAUAAUUUAUUUCAGUCAGUGUACAGCUUUAACAGUUACAUGUCCAUAUACAUAAUGUUAGUAGAUGUUUACACUAUGUUAGUAGAGUGCUCAUUAUCAUGAACAUAGAUGGACAUCCAAUACAAGAAUCCUGUCUGCUGCCACCUUAUAAAGACUGUGUCUUGAACGUUUAUAACUAAUAUAUCUUGCGUGUUGUAUAAAAGUAAGCAUAACAUACGUCGAAACCAUUCAAAUGAUAGCACUUGCAUCUCAUUUUUAAUUUCAAGUCGCAUUGACUACAUAAAGCACCUGUGUAUUAUAUGAAAUAAGCACAAAGUGUGUUAAAAUAAUUCAAGUACCUCAGUAUCUUAUUUUAUUUAUUUU